UACAGAGUAUAUAUAUGAGAAAAGAAAUAUUUUGAAGUGAUGUGCUAUAGUGAAAAUUCUUCUUCGACAUUUGCUUAAAUUCCGGUGCGCCGUCAAGCCAAGUGAUAGAAACCGAAAUGCAAAAAUUGUGAAGCAUCAUAAAAACAAAUCUGUAGAAAACGAAACUACAAGAGCCUCUUCUCUCGGAGCUGCUAUUCUCAUCGAACGAUCUUACCGUGUUAAUCCAUUCGUCCGCUCCAGUGAGGUGUGAAUAGUAAAUCAAUUUUAGUUUCGAAAAAAAAAAAUACGAGUAACGCUUGGGUUCUGGAUUUUGACACAUCGAUACAGGAGAGGUCCGAAUCGCGUCUACAGAUUGGUGACUAUUCAGAACUGUUUUGGUUACUGUCGCCACAUUAGAGUAGAAACGGAGAAACUAUGAAAAAGAUCCGACGAUGGCUGUUGGCGUUUGCGGUGAUAAUAGCCCUAAUGGUAAGGGUGGAUGGUUUAAAGGCGACCUCGCUCAUCUUCGGUCGCGCGCCUGCCACUUCGAGUACCUCAUCCACCAGUAACACGACGGCCGUUACAUCGACUACGACAACAACCACGACUACCACCGAGGAAACAUCAGAGGAUGAAGAGUCUGGCGAUCAAGGGGAAGAAGUGGCAACAAAAGUGCCAUUGACCGGUAUUCCUCAAGUGGAUUACCGAUGGGACCCAAAUCUGCCACGAGAAUUGAAUGGAUUCAAUCUAUCCAGCUACCCAUUCCUGGAUUCGGUUCCAGCGGAGGAGGACAUAGGCUUCACUUGUGAUCCGAAGUUGCACGAUGGAUUCUACGCGUCCAUCAAAUACAACUGCCAGCUGUACCAUCACUGUAUCCAUGGUAUCCGAUACGAUUUUCUGUGCGCCAACUACACAGCGUUCGACCAGAAGACCUUCAUCUGCCAUUUUGCCUCGGAAGUUGACUGCAAGAACUCGCCCAAAUAUUGGUUCAGAAACGAGCCAUUAUACAAGGCUACCACCACGACGACACAGAAACCCGCGCCAACAACUCCGACAACACCCGCUCCAACGACUGCUGCCUCGCGGCUAAAGCCUCUCCGUAAACCCGUCCGCCGAAGGCGUCCCCAGGUGGACUACUAUUACGAUGACGACGAGUACGAGGAUGAUUACUAUGAGGAGAGACCACGUCGCAGGAAGAAUCGUCCGAGGAACCGACGUCCGAUCUACGACGAUGACUACGAGGGAGACGAGCAGUCUGAACGGCGGCCAGUUGAACGAACCCGGGAGAGGGAACGAGACCGUGAUCGUGACGUUGACGAUGAUUACGAGUACGAUGAUCGUAGACCCUACAGAUCACGAACCAAAACCCGAAACAACGAUAGAAGAAAUGGAAGUGAUGAUCGGCGGUAUGGACUCGAGGACAAGCGGAGGGAUCGUGACCGCAGACCAGUAGAGGAUGAGCGACGCAAGCCAGUGGAUGAUGAUCGUCGCAGCGUUGUCGUUGAUGACGAACCCCGUGAUCGAAGGAAAAGACCAGCGAAUACAGACCGUAGAUCUCCGGAACGUAGACCUAGUGUUGACGAGCGGCGUCCAUUGAACGAAGAUCGAAGAUCCUUUUCUGGCGAUGAAAAAAGAAAGCCAUCGGAGGACAGAAUUGGGAGCAAAAGACCAUACAAUGAUGACCGGCGGGCAGAUUAUGACGACGAAGAGGACGACUAUAGUCCACGGAGACCGGAAAAGCGGCCCAAACCGCAAAAUGACGUGGUCACCGUGAAGCCUUCUGGUUCUACAAUCUAUGACCGACCACGGACUGCUCCACGAAUCAAUCGCCCGGUUCCCUUGACUGAGAAGAACAAAUUUUCCUACGGAUACUCAGAGCAGAAGAGCAAGAAAACCUCCACAACUCCCGUUCCAGUAAAUGAAUCCGAACCGGAAUACUACGAUGAGUACGAGGAUGAGCCGAAAAAAUCUGUUGACAAGCGAAAAUCUGCGGACAGAGGCAAUCAGAAUGAGGAUAAACGUCAAAGUGCGUCCUCUGAUGUAGUGUAUUACGAUGAUAUGAUCGUACCGAAAGACUCUCUACCUAUAAAAUCGAUUCCGGGAAACGUGAAGAAGCCAGAAGGAGUUGAACGGGUUAACAGCCGAGACAACUCUGAACUGGCAAACCGUUACAGUCAGAAAAAUAGAGGACCUCAGCGUGCACCCAAACCGGAUUACACUGAAAAUUCCAAGCGAAACACUAAGCCGGCAUAUGUCGAAGAUGCAUCCGUCGAGAGACCUAGAUCAAGGACGCAAAAUUCAGCCAAUCAAUCGAUCAAAAGAAAACAAUCAUCAUCGACAGAUAGUAGAAAAUCGGCACCAGUUCCAAGUAACUACGAUUACGGUACAGCAAGCCAAACCGCCGAGGUCCCUCUUCUCCGCGCUACAAAGCGACCGUUUCUACCAAGCCGAGGAGGAAAUCCGUACGCAGCAAGAGGACUCCAGCCAGUGGGGGUAGCAAAACAAGCCCAACAGCAGCAACAACAACAACAACAGCAGCAACAGCAGCCAACUUCGGCCAUAGCCGCCUCUGAACAACCCGAGACCUUCCGAAUUAACGCAGACAGUAGCAGUACAAGCACCACUCGCCCAAGCGACGAUCGUGUCAAGACUCUAGAUCAGCUGUACGACGAAGAGUUCGAUGUCACACUGAACGACGCCCUGAAUCCAACCCUCAAACCGUUGACUCGAAGUGUACCGCAGACUUUCUUCCGCAACAGAUACGUUCAUCAAAGUUCUGACUCGGAGUUUGUCCCCUUCGAGCCCAGCUACGCUCCAUCGGAGUUCCGACGAUCGGCGGUAAGAGCCCCCUCAGCUGUCCUGUACCAGCAGCCAUCGCUCUACAUUCCCCGAGGACAUCCGGUCCAGCGGUACGAAUACGAGUACGAGUACUGAACGCGAGCGCGAAAGCCGAUAGGGAUUUAAUGUCAGAAGAAAAUUCUUUAUAAUUUAUUGAAAAUCAUGAACCUUUUUAAGAAAUAAAACAAAACACGAUCGAGAACUAUUUAUUACUCAAGCCACCUGUACGGUAGGAAUGGAUGUAAUACCUAGGAGAUGCGAGUAAGUUUUUACAAAUUGUAAGGGAAGUAAAAAAAAACUCUCCCCGAAAACAAAACAAAACUAUAUUUCGACGGAGAAGGAUUGAUGAAUCUUUUAAAAUACUUAUCUGUACAUAUAUUUCCGCUGUAUCAUUAAUAAUAAAUACUCAAUACAAGUGAUAUCGAAGUGAUGCAAUUGAUAUGGUGUAAAACAAAAGGCUAGAACUUGAACGAUAAUGAUGCGUACCGCAACAAUGGUGACUUAGCUGGUAGGGAAGCAAACGGAUGCAGGAGAUACACACAGGACAUUUUUCGAUGGGAACAUUAGAGAGAGGGACAAAGUAGAGUGAAAUAAGGAAUGAAAUCAGAGUACUUGAGGUGUACUCUAGAAAUGAACUUAUACGAGAAAGGUUUAGAAUAAAGAAAAAUGUGUUUUUUCUAA